AUGGACAUGUCCGUUAUCCCGGUGACAGAGAAGUGCGACACGUGCAACCCGCACAAUUGCUCGAACUGCAUCAUCUGCAACAAGCCGAACAAGGUGCAGCGAUGCCUGGCCGACGGGUGCAGGAACCACUUCCAUCCAUGGUGCAUGUCUCACCACUCGGGGCUGCCGGAGAAGCUAGUGUACUGGGGGCACGUCAUGCUCAACUCGGACAGGGAGUCUCUGAUCCCAUACCACUACUGCUACGCGCACAAGCACAAGGUUCCGGACGUCUCGAAUCCUGAGGUGCACUGGCACCUUCCCAGCAAUCAGAUCACCAGGAACCGCCGAGCGACGGAGAUGACGGAGGAAAUGCUGCGGCUGGGAGACAUCGCCAAGGCCAGGAAAACCCUUGACCAGCCGGCAGCGACUGAGCCGGGGCCCGCCGGAGACGAAAUGAACGCCGAGGUUGUCAGGAUGUGCAACAUCGCCAUGUCCAAUGCCGCGGGGCUCCGUGUAUCGAGGGCUCUUCACCCCUCCAUGGCCGUCGCUGCCAUCGUAGCAAAGAGGAUCGCUAGGGGGCAGAAAGGCCGGGAUCAAAGGAAGGUUUUGGGGGUUGGGGGGGGGGGGGUUACGUGUUUGCGUUUGUCUCGCGAGCGAAGGGUGCAGGUAGCCGAAGAGCUAGCGCUGUCCCUGGCCGAGAUGCAGUUCGUGUGCGCUUACUGGCUGCUGUACCUCGUUCCGCAUACCCAGAAGUGGCCCGCCAACGUCGAGAGACACGCUCGAGAGGUUCAGGCCCACCUCAGCGCCCUCCGAUCCCUCUGUCGGGGUUUGCUAGAGAGGGUCAGGAUCGGCCCGGAUCCCUUGGAGGGGGCGGGGGCCGGAGGGGACUGGAAGCAGAUCAGGGCCGAGAAUCGACUGAGGGGAUUGAGGGGGAGGGACGAGAUUAUCGCCAGGGAAGAGCGCUGCGUGAUGUGCAUGGUUCAUACCCAGCCUAACGGCGAGGACGGCAAGGAGUACCUACCGAUGGUGUGCAAGGGUUGUGGAAUGAAGAGGCACGGCGGCUGCCAGUGGAUGUGUGUCCGGAGCUCGGUGUGCGGCCUGUGCGAGCAGUCGGACGUGCUCAGGGAGUUCGUCAGCAACAACGACAUGGCCGCGGUCCACCAGAAGUUGCUAGAGUGGCCGGGGGCAAGCCCCUUUUGGAUCCCCAACCCCAUCCCAGGGUUCAGCGCCGGGGAUGAGCUAGUGAGGCAGUCGACCUCGCUCCACGAGGCUGCCCGCAACGGGAGGUACGAGGUGCUGUCGAUGCUGCUGCACCACUGCCGGGGGAGGGGCUUGCUGCCCGGGGCGUGCCUGGUGCCGGAUGGGAACGAGAUGAUCGAGAUUGAGGGCAUGAACAUGCGAAUUCCGAACCCCAACUGCGGAUUUCCGUGGCCGUUCUCACCUGACCCUCCGCUACCGGGUGUUCUGGCACUGGCACUGGCACGAAACUACCGCUGUACACGCAGUCACACGUUCACGUACAUCAACCGUGUGGUGGAGGGUCCCGGCGCGUCGUUCAACUGGCGGCUCUGCUACUACGAGAUGCCAGAGAGGAAUCCCGCCCCUUGCCACCAUAAGAUGGGGGUAACGGCGCCGCUAGAGGCCUUCAAGACCGCUACCAAGGGGUGGGGGGUCAGGGCCAGGGGAACCAUCCAAGAAGGGCAGUAUAUCUGCUCUUACGCUGGCGAGAUGAUCCCUGAGUCGGUCUACCAGGCGCGGGAACCCGAGUACGAGAGGAGAGACAACGCCGGGGGGCCGUGCUACUGCUUCAACGUGUACACCGACAGACGGUGCCCGGAGGACAACAUCGUCGUCGACGCUGACCGAUACCGGGGGGUGGCCGCCCUGUUCAACCACGCGUGCUGCGGGGCCAACGUGAAGGUUCGCAAGCUAGUGGCCAACAACACCGACAGGAGAGAGCCCAUCCACGGCUUCUUCGCCCUCAAGAAGAUCGUCGUAAAGGAGGGAUCACCCGGGCCAGAGCUAGUGUUCAACUACGGCGCCAAGGAGAAACCGAAGCCAUGCCUGUGCAGCGCCUGCGCCGAGCUCGAGCUGAGAAAGCUCAGCGAUGCCCCCGCACGGUUGCGCUGA